GGUCACUGCAAUGCUGGCAGGGAUGGAAGCCCUCUGCUGUGAGGCCAGGCUGAGAGAGGGCUGUUCAGCCCGGAGAAGGCUUCAGAGAGACCUUUUGGUGGCCUUUCAAUGCUCAAUAGGACCUCUGAGAAAGCUGGGGACAGAGUUUUGAGCAGGCCCUGUUGUGACAGGAUGAGGGGUGAUGGUUUGAACUAAAAGAGGGGAACUCAGACCAGAGAGAAGGAAGAAAUGUUUGACACUGAGGAUGAGGAGAGCCUGGCCCAGGUUGCCCAGAGAGGUGGCAGUUGUCCUACCCUUGGAACCACCCUGAGUCAGGUUGUUUGUGACCCUGAGCAGCCUGCUCUAGCAGCAGCUCUCCCUGCUGGCUGCAGGGAGUUGGACUGGAUGAGCUUUAAAAGUCUCUCCCACCCCAAACCUGUCUGAGACCUCUGACUCUGUGCUUCUCCCUGCACACUGUGCCUGUGCCUGGGGCUGACUGCAGAAGAGCUCUCUCCAAGCAGCCCAGAGCCAGCUACACCCUGCACACAGCCUGUGUGCCCAUCCCUGUGUGCCCGUCGCUGUGCCAGCUCCCACACGCCCUGCUGCUGGGCAGCCCUGGUUGAACUGGCUCCCAGCAGAGCCCAGCCACAACAGCCUCUGUGAAAGCUCCCAAAGCUGCUUCCAGCUUUGCACCACCCACUUGUACCCGAUGAAGGCAACCUGAACCCUGCUCCACAACAUCAGCUGCUCCUGACUCAGGCGCUGCUCCGUGCAGCAUUCCUCUGCUUGCUGCUGGGCUGCCAGGAUGGAGUUUUUGCUCCUCCAGUACCCAUUUACUUGUCUGUUCAUCGCUUUUCUAGUCCUUUACCAGGUGAAACCUGCCUUCAGGUACUUCUGCAAGAUGACCUUUUAUAAGUUGUGCAUCUUCACCUUUAGCAUUCUGGUUAUUUUGCUCAGUAUUCCUCGUGGACGUAGCCUAGAAAACAUGAAGUUCAUGCGCAUGACAUUCCUGCCACUCAAACACAUCUUUGGGAUCAAGAUAGUGGUGAAGGGCAAGGAGAACCUCAGGAAUAAGAAACCUUUUGUCCUUGUGUUGAACCACCAGACCUCCCUGGACCUCAUGGUGAUGAUGGACAUCCUGCCCAGCCGCUGCGUGCCCAUUGCCAAGAAGGAGAUCCUCUACAUGGGCACCUUUGGCCUGGCCUGCUGGCUCUCAGGAGUCAUCUUCAUCGACCGCAGGAAGAAGGAGGAGUCCAUCACCACCUUGACAGAGGUGGCAGACUCCCUGCACAGGGACAAUUUCCGCGUCCUGAUCUUCCCCGAGGGAACUCGCAACCACAGCGGCUCCAUGCUGCCCUUCAAACGUGGAGCCUUCCAGCUGGCUGUGAAAGCCCAGGUCCCUGUAAUCCCUGUGGUGAUCUCUUCCUACUGUGACUUCUACAACCAGAAGGAGAAGAGAUUUACACCAGGCAAAAGCAUCAUCCAGGUCCUGCCAGAAGUGGAGACCACUGGCCUGGGGCCGGAUGAUGUCCCCAAGCUCACUGAGCAGGUCCGUGACUCCAUGCUGGCCACCUACCAGAGGAUAUCAGGCAUGACAAAUGAGGCUCCUCACCAGGCUUCCUAACUUCCAGCCCCAGCUGUGUGUGUGGCAGCUGAGAGGGGAGAGCAUGGCAACCACCUGGCAACCACCUGGCAACCACUGGCAGCAGAGACAGCCACGGACUAAGCCUGGCAGAGCAGAGACAGGGAAACCAUCCACAGAAGCAAAGCCUGGCAGGGGAGGUGCUGAAAUGGUUGCCAUGCUCCUUCCAGACAACUGUGCCACCUGCAUGGGCAGACACACGGUGGGCAGUUGGACACUGCUUUGUAAUCACAGCACUGAGACCCCAGGCAGAGCUGGACCCACCCUGGGAUGGCUGCUGAGGGCUCACCAUCACCUUUGACUCCAAACCAACGAGGCACAGGCAUUUUCCCCAAGCCUGUGACCAUCCUGCCUGUCUCAGGCUUUGCCCCAGGCUCCUGGAAGCACACUCAGGAGUAGGCACUGUCUCCUAGCUCUAUCCAUGGGGAGAACUUGGGAGAUAGCUCUGUCACCUGAGGGGAAAGCCCCAAAGCAGCUUUGGGAGAGGGGAAUUAAAGACCUUCUGUGUGCCCAAAGGGGUUGGUGGUUUGUUUGUCUUGGCCUUCCCCUAAAGCAGAGCAAGGUUUUGCUUUCAGCUGUGGAGCAGAUGUUGAGUGUGAGUGGGAUGAGUCUGACUCAGAGAGCAGAGGCAGAGAGCAGAAAUGAGCUGCUUCACACCCUGCCAUGCCUGGAUGGCCUCACAGUUUUAGUUUCCCCUCAGAUACACUCUGGGAGCUGCAGCUCCUGAUCUCUGAUUCCUCUCUGGUUUUGCCCUGUCU